AUGGCAAACCAGAAGGCGACAUGGACAUGGGAUGAAGAGAGGAUGUUUCAGAUUGCUUUAUCAACCUAUGUAGAAGGAACACCUAAUAGAUGGAAAGAGAUUGCAAAGUUAAUUCCUGGAAAAUCAGCCAAGGAUGUGAAGGAACAUUAUCCUAUUUUGAAGGCCAAUAUAGAAGCCAUGGAAAGUAGCUUUACUCAAUUGCAAACCAACACAAAUAACGAUGCUUCGUCUUCGCAGCGUAGAGAAGAGAAUGAAGAAGUGGGCUCAAUUUGGGAUUUGGAUGAAUUGCCUCCCCUAACAGUAAUGGCAUUCUGUGUGGCAGUGAGAACUGAGAAGUGUGACAUUUUUGUGGCAAUUGUUAUAUGGUCUCACUUUUGA